AUGGAAGCUCCUAGCAACUACUUCGAUCGCCUCAUGUCCGAGGCGUCCAUCGAGGACUUAGAAAAGGGCGUUAAAAUCAAUGUGGAGAGGCUCAAGGAGAUCGAGGAGAUCCUGAGCUCUCUUCCUGAAUCUCUCUUAACCAUCACGGUCUCACAGGUACAAAAAUGGCUAGCCAAGGUCAAGAAGCUUCGAGAUGAGGCAAAGCUGACUCGUUUUACCAUUGGUGUUAUUGGCAACACUGGUGCAGGCAAGAGCUCACUUAUCAACGCGCUCUUAGACGAGGAGAGGCUUGUGCCUGUCAAUGGUGUGCGGGCCUGCACUGCGUCAGCUACCGAGAUAGCAUACAAUUACUCUGACGACCCAGCGGAAGCCUACCGUGCAGAGAUCGAAUUCAUCACCGCCGAAGGCUGGUCCAAAGAGCUAGAGACACUGUUGUCUGACAUGAUUCUGGAUGGAAAAGUGUCCAAAGACUGCCUUAUCGCGGACAGCCCUGCUGGUGUAGUAUAUGCCAAGAUCAAGGCCGUCUAUCCCAAAAUGAAAAAGCAUGAUAUGGCCGUGGGUAAGCCUUGCGAGAUGGCCCAGUCUGAGAGUAUCCGCGGACUUCUGGGCACUGCCAAGAGCAUCCACCGCAGGACUGCUUCCGGUCUAUAUGAUGCUGUCCAAAAGUACGUCGACAGCAGGGACAGGGCAGCUGGUCGCGGAGGUGACGUCGAGUAUUGGCCCUUGAUCAGGUCAGUCCGCAUAUACUGCAAGGCGGUGGCUUUGUCCACAGGCGCGGUCAUUGUAGACCUUCCGGGCGUCCACGAUGCCAACACUGCCCGAGGGGCUGUGGCGCUGAACUACUUGAAGGUAUGUGAUGCCAUCUGGAUCACUGCGGGCGUUCAACGAGCCAUGGACGAUAAGGCAGCCAAAGAACUCCUGGGUGAGUCUUUCAGGCGUCAGCUGAAGUUCGACGGGGCAUACUCAGCUAUCACCUUCAUUUGUACCAAGACAGAUGAUAUCCUGAAGCUGGAAGUUGCAAGCGCGCUCGAUAUGGGAGAUGGUGUCUCCGAUCUAGAGGCACAGCUCAAAGACCUUGAAGCUAGAAAGGUUGCGUUGCGCCGCCAACUUCGCGAGCUGAAGCAAAAGCGAUUCGCAUCCGAGGCCACAGUAAAUGACUGGUUGGACAAACAUCAGGUAUGGUCGGCCUUGUCCGUCAAGGCGGCGAAAGGCGAGACCGUGUACCGGCCGGUACUCAACAGCAAGAAACGCAAGCACUCAGGAGAUUCUGGUAAUGAAGACAGCGGAACGGCGGAUGAUUCGGGCGAUGACGGCAACACCGACGGCGAGGCUCAAGUCGAAGAGGGCCACGAUCGUCAAGUUUUGACAGUUGAGGAGAUUGAGGGAGAAUUGAACACCACCAAGGAUGAGUUACACGCUGCCAAAAAGGCAAAGAAGGCCCUCAAAAAGCAGUGUCGCGAGGCCGACAAGGAGCUACAGCAGGUUGGCGCAGACGAGAGCGCCAUGCGCAGCCGCAUCCAAUCGAUAUGCAUCAAGGGACGGAACCAGAUGUGCAAAGGUGCGAUCAAGGCUGAUUUUGCCCCGGGUAUCAAGGAGCUUGAUCAGCAGACAGCAAUGGAGAAAGACGAAUGGGCUUUCGACCCGAACGUAGAAGCCAGAGAUUAUGAUGCGGUAGCACGGUCCCUUCCUGUCUUCUGCGUCAGUGCUCGGGCAUAUCAAAAGCUCACCGGGAAAUUGGUAGACGAAAAUGUGCAGGUCCAAGGGUUCAUCCAACCGGACGACACUGAGAUUCCUGGGCUUCAAGCCCAUGCACGAACCUUGACGAAGGCUGGGCGCAGAGACAAGGCUCGCUACCUCAUUAAUGAUGCUGACGAGCUUCUUAAUUCGAUGAAAAUCUGGACAACAAGCACUCGGGCGGUUCACAUGACCAAAGCUGAGAUUGUUCAAAGAAAGGAAUUCCUUGGCAAGCAGUUGUCUGUCCUGGACAUGGCCUUCGAGAAACUCAUCAUUAUCGGAUCCGAAAAGGCCGUUGCCAUUGCAGAAUCAUGGGGAAACCUUCUGUGGUCCACAUAUCGCGCGACCCUCCUACGGUAUGGAGAAUUCUCAGGAGCCGCAGGGCCGCGAGACUUCAAUGCCGAGCUUCAUGAUCCCGUGGCCCAGCAUCUGGCUAGCAGUUGGGAGAUGGUCUUCCAACGCUGCGUCCCAAUGGCGUUCGCCGCGUUUACAAGAAGCACCAUAGAGGCUAUGGAACAAUUCCAGCACAACGUCUGUGCAAGCAUGCCACACCGCGGAAUACCACCUCUUGGUUCCACCACAAUGGAGAAACCAGUCCGGAUUCAAGUUACUGCUCUGGAAGCGUCAAUGCAAGAGCUACGCAAGGAAAUCGAUGCCUCCCAGCGGGACUUGAAUCGGAUGUUCUGCCCCGCCAUUCGAGAGGUAAUGCGUGAGACGUAUGACAGCUGCUCGAAAGAAUCAGGCCCGGGCUGUUACGCGCGCAGGAAGAACUUGAUGAAAGCAAAUGUAGAGACCAACAAGCGACGCAUCUUCCAGGAGGCAACUCGGACAGUCAAAGAUGCGCUGCAGAAGAUGGCCUGUGAAAACGAUGCAAAGCUCCAGCAUCUUGUCAGCGACCUUUUGAUGAAGCUGGAGCGAGACUUCACAGCAGUGCUCAUUGGCGAUGAGGAUCACGCGGCCGAGCGCGAACUUCGCAGCCAGCUUCGCAAGCCCCUGGAUGACAGCGACUCUUGGUACGCCGAGCUCUUCCCGGACGUGAAGGACAAAUCAAACUCGGAGCACGGUCCUGGCCCUACGUCUUCUUAA